AUGGCUCCCCUGGCUCUGGUGGGGGUUGCCCUCCUCCUAGGGGUCCCCCCAUGCUCAGGGGCGGCCACCCCGACCCCAUCUCUACCACCUCCCCCGGCCAAUGACAGCGAUGCCAGCACGGGCGUCUGCCAGGGCUCCAACCGCUGCCAGCCGGGGGUCCUGCUGCCCGUCUGGGAGCCCGACGACCCGUCGCUGGGCGACAAGGCGGCGAGGGCAGUGGUCUACUUUGUGGCCAUGGUCUACAUGUUCCUGGGCGUGUCCAUCAUCGCCGACCGCUUCAUGGCUUCCAUCGAGGUCAUCACGUCGAAGGAGAAGGAGAUCACCAUCACCAAGGCCAAUGGCGAGACCAGUGUGGGCACCGUCCGCAUCUGGAAUGAGACCGUGUCCAACCUCACGCUCAUGGCCCUGGGCUCCUCGGCGCCGGAGAUCCUGCUGUCUGUCAUCGAGGUCUGCGGCCACAACUUCCAGGCCGGCGAGCUGGGCCCGGGCACCAUCGUGGGCAGCGCUGCCUUCAACAUGUUCGUGGUCAUCGCCGUGUGCAUCUACGUCAUCCCGGCCGGCGAGAGCCGCAAGAUCAAGCAUCUGAGGGUCUUCUUUGUCACCGCCUCAUGGAGUAUAUUCGCCUAUGUCUGGCUUUAUCUCAUCCUUGCGGUCUUUUCCCCCGGUGUGGUGCAGGUGUGGGAGGCGCUGCUGACCCUCGUCUUCUUCCCCGUGUGCGUGGUGUUCGCCUGGAUGGCCGACAAGCGGCUGCUCUUCUACAAGUACGUGUACAAGCGCUACCGCACCGACCCGCGCAGCGGCAUCAUCAUCGGCGCCGAGGGCGACCCCCCGAAGAGCAUCGAGCUGGACGGCACGUUCGUGGGCCCGGCCGACGGCCCCGCCGAGGACGAGGACGACGGCGCCAGCCACAUCUUCUUCGAGCCCAGCCUGUACCACUGCCUGGAGAACUGUGGCUCGGUGCUGCUGUCUGUCACGUGCGAGGGUGGCGAGGGCAACAGCACCUUCUACGUGGACUACCGCACCGAGGACGGCUCGGCCAAGGCUGGCUCCGACUAUGAGUACAGCGAGGGCACGCUGGUGUUCAAGCCAGGCGAGACGCAGAAGGAGCUGCGCAUCGGCAUCAUCGACGACGACAUCUUCGAGGAGGACGAGCACUUCUUGCCCCAUCUCUCACACCUAAAAGGGAGAAUGGCGAGAGCUGACUUCCUGCUCGUCGGGUCCUUCCUGAAAACUCUGCAAGUGAAGAUAGUCGAUGACGAGGAAUAUGAGAAAAAGGAUAAUUUCUUCAUCGAGCUGGGCCAGCCGCAGUGGCUUAAGCGAGGGAUUUCAGCUCUGCUGCUUAAUCAAGGGGAUGGGGACAGGAAGUUGACGGCUGAGGAGGAGGAGGCUCGACGGAUAGCAGAGAUGGGCAAGCCAGUUCUUGGGGAAAACUGCCGGCUGGAGGUCAUCAUCGAGGAGUCGUAUGAUUUUAAGAACACAGUGGACAAACUCAUCAAGAAAACAAAUUUGGCUUUGGUGAUCGGGACCCAUUCGUGGAGGGAGCAGUUUUUAGAGGCAAUUACGGUGAGCGCAGGGGACGAGGAGGAGGAGGAGGACGGGUCCCGGGAGGAGCGGCUGCCUUCCUGCUUUGACUACGUCAUGCACUUCCUGACGGUGUUCUGGAAGGUGCUGUUCGCCUGCGUCCCGCCCACCGAGUACUGCCAUGGCUGGGCCUGCUUCGGCGUCUGCAUCCUGGUCAUCGGCCUGCUCACCGCCCUCAUCGGCGACCUCGCCUCCCACUUCGGCUGCACCGUUGGCCUCAAGGACUCCGUCAACGCCGUGGUCUUCGUGGCCCUGGGCACCUCCAUCCCCGGUAACCCCCGGGGAGAACCCUGUGGGGCUGGGGUCUCAGAGAAAUACGGCGGUCGGGCUAAGAGAAACUAGGCGGCGGGCCACUAGAUUCAAUAUGUGAACUGGAUCCUCCCCAAAAGCAACCAGGUGGACUG